AGAACUGGUCAGUCCAGUAUGACUUCGACUCGUUGGACCGAUAGCGAACGUGCAGCGGAAGAUGAAACAGGGGAAACCUGUAACCGGAGACGGUGUACAAAUCUGGGAUGAUGUCUCCAAUAGUCCCGUUCGCAGCUUGGCUCAUUCCGCACAUUGAACACGAAUCUGCCUUCUCCCUCUCCCUCCGCCUCCUCUCUUUCGUAUGCAUGGCGCCGCAGUUGCUGGGGUUCUUUUCGUGGCAGCAGAAGAUCGUCUUGAAGGUUUCUUCCAUGAGCGACGAGAGAGUGAAGCAGAAAGCAAUGGAAACUGUUGCGGAUAUCUACGGUAUUGACUCAAUAGCCGCCGAUCACAAAGAUCAGAAGAUGACAGUGAUAGGUGAUAUGGACACCGUCACUGUCGCCAAGAAGUUGAAGAAGUUCGGGAGGAUCGAUAUCGUCUCCGUUGGGCCGGCCAAAGAAGAGAAGAAGGAUGAUAAGAAAGUGGAAAAGAAGUGAUCAACUUUCCUUCAGGAUGCAUGAACAUAUACAACUGCACUUUCCUAGUCAGUUUUAGAAUACCUUGCUUUGCAGUCUAUUUUUCUAGUUACUAGCAUGAUGGCCCGUGCGAAAUGCGCGGGCUAGAUCUGAUGAUCAUUGUUGUAUUAUUUAUUUUAUCCUUAUUUUAUACAUGUGUUGUUGAUGUUUUUUUUCUUUGUACAUUUUUUUAUCCUCGCCA